AUGGGUGACGCUGCACAGAGCACAUUUGUGACAAUUUUAAGUGUGGAAUUUAUAAUGGGAGUUUUAGGAAAUGGAUUCAUAGCCCUGGUGAACUGCAUGGACUGGGUCAAGAGAAGAAAGAUGUCUUCAGUUGAUCGAAUCCUCACAGCUUUGGCCAUCUCCAGAAUUGCUCUGCUCUGGGUAGUAUUAUUAGAUUGGUGGACAUCUGUACUUUCCCCAGCUUUAUGGAAUACUGGAAAAACGAGGAGAAUUAAUUAUACCACCUGGAUAGUGACUAAUCAUUUUUGUCUCUGGCUUGCUACAAGCCUCAGCAUCUUUUAUUUUCUCAAGAUAGCCCAUUUUUCUAACUCUAUUUUUCUCUAUCUUAAAUUUAGAGUUCAAAAGGUGGUUCUGGUGACUAUGUUGGUGUCUCUGGUUCUCCUGAGUUUGAAUAUUACAGUUACAAACACAUAUUUUGAUAUCUGCAUAUAUGGAUCUAAAAGAAAUAUGUCCUACAGUUCCAGUCCAAGUAACUCAUCACAUUGUUCCAAACUUUAUUUUUUUACCAACCCUAUGUUCCUGUUGGUGCCCUUUACUGUGUCUGGGACAACUUUUCUCCUGCUAAUCUUCUCCCUGUUGAAACAUUUGAAGAAGAUGCAGCACAAUGCCAAUGGAUCCAGAGGCAGCACCAUGGCGCACAUAAAAGCCUUGCAGACUGUGACUGCCUCUCUCUUACUGUAUACCAUUUUCUUUCUGUUUCUUUUUGUAAACAGUUGGAGCUCUGGGGUUCAGGAGAGAUAUAUGAUCCAUGUGUUCAUCUGGACUGUUGGAGUUGCUUUUCCUUCAGGCCACUCAUUUGUCCUGAUUCUGGGAACCAGUAAGCUGAGACGGGCCUCUGUUUUGGUGCUGUGGUGGCUGAGGUGUAGGUGCAAAAGUGUGGAAUCAUUGGAUCCAUAG